UCCAUGUAGAAAGCAAUACAACGAACAUGGAACUGCUUGUGGUUAUAACUGCACUCGUUUCAGUGUGUUCUGCCCAAGGCUGGCUAUUUGGAGAUGGAGGCGGAGGUCAUAUCUUCGGCCCAGGAGGUCACAUGUGUAUACCUCUGAAUAGAUACUGCAGCCUACAAUGUUUAACCUACGAAAAGGACGGCAGUGGGUGUAAUGUUUGCCAUUGUAAAGGCGAUGGAGCCACUGCAGUGUUAACAGGACCAGACCAUGGGACUGCUUACCACACCAUACACAAUCCUUGCAUACCUACACAGUCCAAUUGUCCUCUAAAAUGUGAGGAAUUUGUCAAAGGUGGCAGCGGAUGUGAGUUCUGCAUGUGUGCAAAUGUACACCAUGAAGCAAGUACUACACAAGCACCACCUACAACAACAAUGCAAGCACAGACAACCACAAACCAGCCGACGACACAAACACCAGCUCCUACAACCAUGGGAUCUACAGUCAGUCAAGACUGCAUCAUUGCCAGACAGAUCUGCAGUGCUAAAUGUAACGGGAAAUAUCUAGUCGAUCCCUCGGAUUGUACCUUCUGCAUAUGCAAGAGUGAGAUUCAUAACAGGAGAAGAAGAUAGGAAGAAUGUGGUGACUUGUCUGUACUUACAACUUUGAACAUAAGGAAAUCCAUAGAGAGAAUAAAAACAAUUAUUCAGAGACAUUAAUGUUGAAUGUCUAGUCUUUUGCUCAAAUGAUUUUAUCCGUAAAUUGGAUUUAAUUGAAGUCGAUUGAUUUCCCGUGCCUUUAAUAAAUAUGACGUAAU